AUGGCUGCCAACCAAGCGAAAGACCGCGGAAACCGCGCGUUCUCCGCCGGUCUGUACGCUGACGCCGUCGCUUCUUUCUCUGAGGCGCUCGCCGUCGACCCCAAUUCGCCCAACGCUCAUGUCUUCUACAGCAAUCGCUCGGCCGCCCAGCUCAAGCUCCACAAGGCCGAGGACGCGCUGAAAGACGCGGACCAGUGCAUCGCGCUCAAGCCCAGUUGGCCCAAGGGGUAUUCUCGUCGCGGGUCCGCUUUGUAUGCCUUAGGGCGCUACGCGGACGCUUUUCGAGCAUACAAAGAUGGUCUAAGUCACGAGGCGUCGAAUGAGGGGCUCCUUGAAGGUCUACGGGCCGUAGAAGCCAAGUUAUCGUCCGAGAAAGCCGGCUUGUCUAGCGGCUCGUCGUCUUCUUCUUCGCCCUUCGUGCCGUCCCCAGCCACCAGUCUGAAGAGCUUUCUGCUUGGCAGCAAAAUCAACAUGUUUCAGCUGUACCAGUUCGUGCUGCGCAGUCUGUUGCUGCUCUUCUUCGUCAACUUUUGGGCUCCGGUGCUUCUUUCGAGUUACGGGGCGUACGCCAACUUUUUCAAGGUGGCACUCGUAAACUACGCGAGCUACUUGGCGUUCAUGCAUGGAGUCCCCAGAUGGAGCGCCACCUACGCCGAACGUCUUUUUCUGGACCCGGCAACACAAGCGUUCUUCUUUUGUCUCGUCUUCUGGCUGUCACCUCCGCACAGUCUGGCGAUGGCGCCUGUCUUUUUGCAGGACAUGGUGCACUAUUUCACAUACCUUCAAUCGCUACUGCAGGUGAUGGGAUUGGCAGACGCGAAGGUGGUGACGCUCGUGACAAGCAAAGCGCUGGUGCCGCUCACUGCUUUGAUUAUCAGCGAUUCAAGCUUUCCGGCGUUGUCGACUCGAGCAAAAUGGGCCAAGCUGUACUCACGCAUGCCUCAGGUGGCUGCGAACAUUGACCUGGCAAUUGGUUUCGCGAUGAUCGUGGAGCUGCUCCUGCCUUCACGAAACUUUUUGCUGCUUGUGCUGUACUGGCAGGUGAUGCGUGUACGGUACAUGAUCUCGCCACCGCUGCAAGAAGCCUUUCGCUCGCUGCAUGCCACGAUUCUCUCAGUCGUCAAUCACCCGCGCUGUCCUGCGGUGGUCCGGUCCGUUUACGAGAGGAUCGGUGCAUUCAUUGUCAAAAUGGGCGACGCGACUUCGCAGCAACAGCAAGGUGCCUCUGGUCUUGGAGGCUUGGCCUCGCGCUGCAACAUUAUGUAG